UGGAACCCAGAAUAUUUAUAAUUUUAUUUCACUAAAGUGUCCAUUGUGGAGUUAAUAGCUACAACCCAAAAGAGUCAAAUCACACACACAGUGGGUCAUCAUCAUUCACAUAUAUAUGUUUUUGAUUAACAACCGGAGUAAAUGCUCAAUAGAUCUGUUGGUUUUGCCUCAUCUUCUCCACUCAAGCUUUAUGAGAUAAAAAUUAGCCCCUUUCUCAAUUCCAAAAUUAGGGUUCUUUCUUUCACCAUCAUUCUUUAAAAUUUUAGGGUUUCAGUUUUCUUUUUUGUUCUGUGUCUAGGGCUUAGAAUUUUCUUGAAUCUUGAUUCACGGUGGUUCCUUUUUUCUGGGUUUUAUAAAUAUUUUUGUGGGUUUUUUUUUUUUAUUUUGACUUUAUUAUCCUUCAUGUUCUUCUUCAAUUUCUUAUAUAUGACUGCACACAGCUGCAUUGACCUUUAAACUUUUGGGAUUUAUUUUCUUGUUUUUUCAACUCAAAUUUCAAAAUUAGGGUUUGGAUUAUUCAAGACAGGUUAUUUGAUUUUGGAAUGUUUUAAAGUUGGUUCCUUUUUGCUAAUUAAUUGUUAUUUUUUGCUGCUUUGAUGCAUCUUUCACUAUGGAAGCCAAUUUCCCACUGUGCAUCUUUAAUUUUGGACAAAAGAAACAAAAAGAAAAAUGGGUCUGAUUCUGAAAACCCUUAUGCAUCAGAUGAUAAAGUUCUCAGGAGAUUACAAGAACAUAAACUCAGAGAAGCUCUUGAAGAAGCAUGUGAAGAUGGGUCACUCAUCAAAUCACAAGAUAUUGACUCUGAAUCUGCACUCAAUGAUCAAGAUGAACAAUUGGGCCGAUCGCGGUCUCUCGCUAGACUCGAAACUCAAAAGGAAUUCCUCAGAGCAACCGCCCUGGCUGCUGACCGAACAUUCGAGUCUGAACAAUCCAUCCCGGAUCUGCAUCAGUCAUUCUCCAAGUUCCUCACAAUGUACCCAAAGUAUCAGUCUUCAGAAAAGAUUGAUCAUUUGAGGUCAGAUGAUUAUUCCCAUUUAUCCGAAUCUGUUCCUCCUAAGGUAUGCCUUGAUUAUUGUGGAUUCGGGUUGUUUUCGUUUCUGCAAACAGUUCAUUAUUGGGAGUCAUCUACAUUUAGUUUAUCUGAAAUAACUGCAAAUUUGAGUAAUCAUGCUUUAUACGGUUGUGCUGAGAAAGGAACGGUUGAACACGAUAUAAAGACUCGGAUUAUGGAUUAUUUAAACAUCCCUGAAAACGAAUACGGUCUUGUUUUCACCGUUAGUAGAGGUUCGGCUUUUAAGCUGCUAGCCGAAUCAUACCCGUUUCACACGAAUAAGAAGUUGUUAACGAUGUUCGAUCACGAGAGCCAGUCGGUUAAUUGGAUGGCUCAGAGUGCUAAAGAGAAAGGUGCGAAAGUUCAGAGUGCUUGGUUUAAAUGGCCGACGCUUAAACUUUGUUCAACCGAUCUACGAAAGCAAAUUUCGAACAAGAAGAAGAAGAAGAAAGAUUCGGCUACUGGUUUGUUUGUUUUCCCGGUCCAGUCGAGAGUUACGGGUGCUAAAUAUUCUUAUCAGUGGAUGGCUUUGGCUCAACAGAACAACUGGCAUGUGUUGCUUGAUGCAGGCGCGUUGGGUCCUAAGGAUAUGGAUUCACUCGGGUUGUCUCUUUUUCGACCCGAUUUUAUCAUCACAUCGUUUUACCGGGUUUUUGGGUUUGACCCGACUGGAUUUGGGUGCUUGCUUAUCAAGAAAUCAGUGAUAAGAAGCCUUCAAAAUCAAUCGGGUCAUGCCGGAUCCGGUAUCGUUAAGAUCAGUCCGGUUUUUCCUUUAUAUUUAAGCGAUUCGGUUGACGGGAUGCCGGGAUUGGGUGGAAUGGCGGGAAUCGAAGAUGAUGAAGUCAGCGGAAAUGGCGAUGUAAUGUCGGAAAAUCGGCCCGGCCCACAAUUACCUGCGUUUUCUGGCGCGUAUACUUCUGCUCAAGUGAGAGAAGUGUUCCAUACAGAAAUGGAGCAUGAUGACAUCUCUGAUAGAGAUGGGGCGAGUGCGAUUUUUGAAGAAAGUGGGAGCUUAUCGGUCGGUGAAGUGAUGAAGAGUCCGGUUUUUAGUGAAGACGAGUCAUCCGAUAACUCGUUAUGGAUCGAUCUUGGACAGAGCCCGGUGGGGUCUGAUUACGGUGGCGGUCAGAUGAACAAUAAGCACGGCGUUUCAACGUCUCCCUUGCCACCGUUUUGGUUUACGAGCGGGAACAAAAACAAACGGCUAGCUUCUCCUAAACCGACCGCAAAGAUAGCUAAUAGUCCGAUAUACGACCACGAAGCUCAAAUGUUGUCAUUUGAUGCAGCUGUUAUGUCGGUUUCUCAAGAACUGGACCGAAUUAAGGAAGAUCCACACGAAGAUUACUUUGUGGAGGCAACAAACAAUACUCCAAAUAAUCACAAUUUUCACGAGAUCGAAGAAGAAGAAAUCGAAACAAGCAAAUGGGAAAACGGGUCGAGCUCGAAAAUCACUUCUCAGGCAAAUGAAAGUGCGAUAAGACGGGAGACCGAAGGGGAGUUUCGGUUGUUAGGAAGGAGAGAAGGGAAUCGGUUUCCGGGUAGUCGACGACUUUUCGGGGUCGAUGAAACCGAGCAAGAUAACAUAAGCAAGGGAAGUCGUGUAUCGUUUACUUUACAAGAACAGAGUAAAAACGGAGAGUUUUCAGCCGCGAACAUCGAAGAAGAUGAUUAUAUUAGUGAUGGAGAUUACGGUGAAGUUCAAGAAUCGAGUAGAAGGGAACCCGAGAUCAGGUGUAAGCAUCUUGAUCAUGUAAACAUGUUGGGCCUCAAUAAGACCACUCUUCGUCUACGGUUUCUGGUCAAUUGGCUCGUGACGUCACUUCUUCAGUUUCGAAUACCCGGUUCAAACGGGCAAGACAGCAUACCGCUGGUUCAUAUUUACGGGCCGAAAAUAAAAUACGAAAGGGGCGCAUCCGUGGCAUUCAAUGUUAGAGACAGAAAAAAAGGUUUAAUCGAACCCGAAACCGUUCAGAAAUUGGCCGAACAGAACGGGAUUUCGCUUGGUGUUGGGAUACUUAGUCAUAUACGGAUCUUGGAUAGCUCGAAAGGGCAGCGCGGGGCUCCAAAUCGCGAAGACACGACACUUUGGAUGCCGAUGGAGACCGGUGGUCAUAAUGGGAAAAGUGGGUUAAUCAGGGUUGAAGUUGUGACUGCUUCUUUGGGGUUUUUAACUAACUUUAGUGAUGUCUACACACUCUGGGCUUUUGUUGCAAAGUUUUUGAAUCCAGAUUUCAACACAGAAGGUGGGCUUUCAACCGUUGUGGAAGAUGAAGAAUAAUAUACAUACAAGAUGCUUACAAACUGUAAUCUUUAUCAUCAUCUUAAAAGCGCGAAGUCGAACGAACAGAACCUGCUGCUUACAAACUGCAUUUUUGAAAGUUGAAUUUGCCACUUGAAAAUGAUUUUGUGCUCUUUUAUCUUUUUUUUUUUUUUUUCUAAAUUGUGUUUGUUAGAGCUUAAAUCGUUGUUGGCGUUUAUGUUCGACGAACGCUUGCCAAAUCGGAUAUGCGAUGGAAAGAUGUAAAUUAAUCUGAAUUUGUUUCUUUGAAACAGAUGUUUGGAGGAUUAUUGUGAUAUCUAAAUCGGGUACAAACUGCAUUUUUGAAA